CUUUGGCAUUUGGUAAAGCAUGACGGGUUUACGCAGAAAGCGACGCUCCUCCAAGCAAAUUCUGCUACGCAGGGCUGUCAAGAGGCGGACAAGCGAUGUGGCGGUGUUGGAUUUGCCCAGAGUACGGACUAGCCCCCAGGCAAAGGCCAUCACUGUGGUGAGUGCCAUCAACAGGGAUGCUCAGCUUAGGUACAUCAUGGAGCACUGCUUAUCGAACAACUCGGCCUCCAGCUGGGAGCCAAGGCUACAGCAACGAGAGAGACCCACGGCCAAGCGAAGCAUUGCCAAUGAGUCGGAUUUCGACCGAGAUCAUUCUCGAUCUUCCAAGCGGUCGAGACAUAGCUCAUCUGGCUAUCCCUCCAGUUGGAAUCUAGAAGUGCCUCGCUGCGACAAUGACGACCGGCUCAAUGAUGAUGUGUUCAGCUUUGACAAGAUGCUCAACCACAAGCCCCAAACCCCUCAAGGUCCGACAGGACGAAAAAAAAAGUGUAAUACGGCGGUGCAAUGCAAGAUGCCGCACAGGUCGAAGCAGCCGCGUCCCAAGCCCAGAUCCCAAACAUCCGCGACUAGUAUGAACAUAAUUGAGCAGAUAACGGAUGAAUCAACUGCAAUUGAUGCAAGGCAAGCCGAACAGCGGGCGCACAGUGGAGACGCCAGCAGCUUGUUUCACAAUACUCUGAGGCUUAGCCACAACACUGAUGUCUGCACUUCAUCCGAUUGCAGCUGCGCCUGGAAUCGCGAUGAAGUCGACUACAAUCGAAAUCAAUCGAGUCUAGCUCAAAUACCAGAAAAAUAUAGUCGCAUUCAGAGCUUAAGUCGCCCACCCACUGGUUUGGCCCGUGAAAGCUUAACUUCAAGCCAAACGGAGGGUAAAGAGCGAAGUGUGGAUCGUAGAAGUCAAGUGCGCAGUAAAAGAAACAGCCGCAGAAGCCAAGCAGAGGAUGAAGGGAGGGACUCUAAAGAGAGAAGUGUGGAUCGUGGAAGUCAAGAGCGCAGCAAAAGAAACAGUCGCAGAAGCCAAGCAGAGGAUGAAGGGAGGGACUCUAAAGAGAGAGGUGUGGAUCGUGGAAGUCAAGAGCGCAGCAAAAGAAACAGUCGCAGAAGCCAAGCAGAGGACGAAGGGAGGGACUCUAAAGAGAGAGGUGUGGAUCGUGGAAGUCAAGAGCGCAGCAAAAGAAACAGUCGCAGAAGCCAAGCAGAGGAUGAAGGGAGGGACUCUAAAGAGAGAAGUGUGGAUCGUGGAAGUCAAGAGCGCAGCAAAAGAAACAGUCGCAGAAGCCAAGCAGAGGACGAAGGGAGGGACUCUAAAGAGAGAGGUGUGGAUCGUGGAAGUCAAGAGCGCAGCAAAAGAAACAGUCGCAGAAGCCAAGCAGAGGACGAAGGGAGGAACUCAGCUGCUAGAAGCCAGGAAAAUGGCAAUAGAAAACAGAGUCGAAUAAGCCACGAAAUGGGCAGGGACAGCAAUGAUAGAGCAGAUUAUCUUAGAGUGGAGGCAGCUGCUCAGACUGAGAUCGAGACCGACGAUCCUGGUGUGGAGCAAAAUGUGAACGUAGCGGGCGGGACCAAGCCAAAAGCCGUGUCUAGUCCAAUACAAGGCACAGCAACACAACAAUCUAGGCCAGGUUCAAUGUAUAGCUCAAACUCUCAAGAUGCGAAAGGGUUCUUGGGAGCACAAGCAAGAGGCUCGAGUCCUAGAAGCCAAAGGAACAGCAAUAAAGGACGAGACGUGGACAGUUCGGAGCCAGUCGAUGACAACAACUGCAUUAUGGUGCCCUGCCCUAGAGCUAACAGAACAACUAAUCAGUCGUAUGUAAAAUAUAAUGAAAAUAUGCAUUUUUGCUACUGCAAUGUGGGAAAAAAUGGUGAGCCGACUGAAGGAUGUAAUUGUGAAUAUUUCGAGGCCGACGAGCCGAGUGGGCAGCAAAAUGUGCAUCAAGAAGAUGAACAGGUAGCCACAAGAACGUCUCAAAGAUCUGAUCCCGAAGCAAGCUUUAGCUCAAGCCCCUUAAAAGAGAGGAGCACAAUGACCCAAGUUGAAGCCCAAGAAUCUGAGCAGAGCUUAGGAGAAGCCAAAGAAGCGACUCCUAAAGCAAAGCGAAACCAAUCGACGUCUGUAAGUGCGCCAAAUGAAGCUAAUCGAAUUUCGACCUCUCGAGCAGCGACUGAAACCUUCAGACGACAGGACCAAUCGGGAGCUGGAAGCGCUAAAGAAGAAUCCACAGCAGUAGCACGUGAAUCAAAACGAAAGACGGAGCCAUCGCCAGAUCAAAGUUCUAGUUCGGCUAGUUCCAAAGCCAUGCAAAAUUGUUGCCAGUUUGCGAAUCCCAAUUGUAGAUGCUGCAGAACAGCUCGCACUUCGAGUCAGCCGUGGUGCAUCAUUGGCAAUCAACAAUGGCUUGGCAGUUGCCCAUGUGGUUGUUGCUUCAACAGAGAGCCGAGACAGAACAAGAAGUGCAGGGUACACAAGUUCUGCAAUUGCCACUGUCAAUGUUGCUUGAAGGCGUUCAAUAUGACAGCCGCAAGUGCUCAGCCAAUAGCUGUUGAGGAUCAAGAAGCAUUGGAAACGGUGUCGGGCUCGUGCUCAGACUCGGGCUCUAGAUUAAACUCAAGGUCUGCAGCGAACACGGUUGGAUUCUUGGAAACGAGACAAGCCUCGAAAGCAGACUCCAAACUGCGCGCGCCGCAGGCCUCGAGCUUGGACCUGGGCUCGGGUAAGAGAUCUACGAAAGUAGAAGAGAGACCAGAGCCAAUUCCUAAAGAAUUAAAAAGCGGCUCGAUUAGAUCCAGCAACAUGAACAAGGACUCCAAGCUGCGCGCGCCGCAGGCCUGGAGCUUGGACCUGGGCUCGGGUAAGAGAUCUACGAAAGUAGAAGAGAGACCAGAGCCAAUUCCUAACGAGUUAAAAAGCGGCUCGAUUAGAUCCAGCAACAUGAACAAGGACUCCAAGCUGCGCGCGCCGCAGGCCUGGAGCUUGGACCUGGGCUCGGGUAAGAGAUCUACGAAAGUAGAAGAGAGACCAGAGCCAAUUCCUAACGAGUUAAAAAGCGGCUCGAUUAGAUCCAGCAACAUGAACAAGGAUGCACAAAGUGUCACAAUCUGUCCUAAUUGCGGCAUUAACAUUAAUGAAUUUUUAUACAAUUCCGUAAACAAAGAUAUAAACUUCACGGAAUCAGAUGCUAGACAUGGACGUGCUAGUGCGAAUGAAGAGCAACGCGUUUACCGAUCAAUAGGGAGUUCCAAGCUAACCGAGAGCACAAUAGAGGCAAGUAAGCCAUGGCAAAGUGCUGGUAGGAAUGACGAAGGAAUGUCCCAUUGCAAUCGCUGGACCAACCCAAUGGAGAGCAACAUGUGCAAGCUCUCGCCUGCUAAGGGCGCCGAGGAUGAGCCGUUGGUUAAUCUCGUUGUGAAUGAUAAAUGCAAUGUAGAGCAGUUGAUUGAGAUAUUGCGCGGGACCGUCGCCGCGCUGGAGACACAGCGCAAUUCGGCAGAGCCAGUCAUCAGGCAGCCGGUAGCAGCAGCCAAUCAAAAUGAAUUUCAUUUCGAUCAGAAUAUGGAGAAUGGCAAUCGGAAUUAUAUGGAUAGACAUCAGAUGAUAGAGUGUCAUAAUGCACAGUCUAAUCAAGGACAGGAUCAUUUCAAUCUGAAUUAUAAUGCUCUACCCUCUAAUGCAUAUCCACAAUACGAAACGCACUUGUCGCAAAUUUACGAAACUCCGGACACUCGCAACACAGCGGCUUCCUUGAGAAUUCGCACGCAAACCGAAUACGAUUAUCCUGCUCCGGCAGCUGAGCCAGGCCAGCAGAAUAACUACGUGUGCCGAGAGCAAUGCACUUACUAUCCAGCACUAAGCAAUCAAGUUCGCAAGCGCAGCGGCUGCUGCUUUCCCAAAUUUAUGAGCGAUAUUAACCAGAGCAGUCCGAUCGGAAAGCAGGAAGUUCUGCAGCAAAGUCUUCCCUCAAAAUCGUUUUUAGAACUUCUCGAUCUGACACUGGCAAUAAAGAAAAGGAAAGAAGAUUUUCAGAAAGAUAAGCACAAAAUGCGAUUGUCCAAUGAAAGGAAAAGGGAUCUCAAGUUGACUCCAGGCUACGCAGGGCGAACAACAGAUAGCCAUGGGAAACAGUUGGAUAGGGCCUAUAAAGAUAUGAAUCCAACUCAACCUCCAUUUCAUAUAAACGAAGUAUUUAAUGUAUCAUCCGUUGAAAAAUGCAAGGACUUAACAGAAGAUGAAACUAAAUUUGAGUGCAAUGCUAGAGGCAACAGGAAAAGGUUUUCGGAUGUGGAACACCCAGUUCAGAAAAGUCGAAAAGAUCUCGGCUAUUUUGGCCACAAGUACAAAAGGAAAACUCUACAUCAGAGCCCAAGUCAGGAGACAGGGCAUAGGAAAAACUUACUCCGAAAACAAAUUUACUUGGAACAAAAUACUUCUGAUUCGGAUUACUUCAGAGCAGCUAACUGUACGCCUCGAAAUAGAGAAUUGCAGUUAGAAGAAAGAGAAAUUAGAGCAAGGAAAAGUUCCGGGUUUGAUCAGAUGAGAACAAAAGACAUAUUGCCCAGCUUAUACGGCUUCGAUUCCUGUAGAAGAGAGCCAAACAGCUCCGAAAUGAAAAUAAUGCGAUGCAGUGCGUUUUACAAUCCCCAAGAGAGGCAAUCGGAAGCAUCUUACUUUGAAACGCGUUGCUCACGACGUCCUCAAAGGAAAGGUUACCCUUUGCGUAGCAGGGAAAGAAGUCGUUCGAGGUUCCAAAAUCUUCUGCGCAAGCGAGCAAAGGAUAAAAAAGAAAACUCCAAUCUCUACAUGACAUGCGAAGCAAGAUCUAAGAGUAGUAUAUCGAAAGACAAAAUUGAAGCCGAUUCGAUUGGAGAGAACUUAAACAAGUCCAACUCCAGAGGCAGUUUUCUCUUUAACAAAAAUCAUAGAAUGACACAUAAAUUGGAUCCAAAAGCAAAACCAAUAAAUGAUACAAAAAAACCUGAAAGAGAAAUCAAAGAGAACAAAUAUUUUGACUAUACAGAAUUAAAGAGAUGGGAAUCGACAAGCAAUUCAUAUACUAACAAACGAAGACCAGACACGAAAUUGGAAGGCGAAAGAUCACAUCAUAGGAAAUCGAAGAAUUCGGAAUCAAAAAUUGAACAUUUUCCCAUGAGAAGAAUGGCCGGGGAAAGGAGAGUAAGCGAAUCAGGAAGCAGAGUGUUGCCCAAAGACAAAAUGAUUGAAGUAAAGAGAGAAAGACCUGAUUUUUCGGGAAAUUUCGUAAUAAGAACCACGCCUUUUGCUUUAAGAAAAAGAAAACUAUGUGAAAAGGAAGCUAGUGAAAAAGGCGAUUGUUCGGAACCAAACAAGUCAAAAUUCACAAAAGAAAAACAAAUUGAAUUAAAGGGAAAAAGUGAAAGAUCCGAUUCUUCGGUAUUAAAGAAAAUAGAAUCAAGAAACAGACUCCUUCCAUCGCGAAAAACCAUAAGCGAAAGGACAUCAGAUAAUUCGGAGUCAAAAUGUUUGGAGACACGGCAUAGAGUUUUUGCCCCUGGAAAGCAAAUAAAGGAUAAGGCAGAUAAAACAGUAAUAGCUACUUUAAACUCGAGAAAACCCAUUCCACUAAAUCAAAACCAAAGAAGUGAAAAGGAAGCAAAAGAUGGAAGCUUAAAUUUGAAAGCAAUAUCAGUUGGUCCAAAUUCAACCGUAAAUAAUACGAAACGGGAAAGGACAGAACAACGGGAAUUAAAUGCACCUAAUGCUAAAGAACAUUCAGAAUUUAGACAUAAGUCACAUUUGUCAGCUCCUUUUCACCAGGAAAAACCAUUGAAGAAAUGGGCGCCAACACCUCCGCCUAAACCAGUCAAAAAAGCACCCAAAGCAAUUGUUACUGUUUCUGCUUCUAAUCACAAGCAACGUCCAACACCUCGAAGUUACCAAAAGAAUGAAAGCGACUGCGAAGAUAUUAAAGUGCUCUACGAUUCAAGGUCUAAAUUUUCAAGGCAUAGCUAUGGAGGCGGAGAUACGACCACCGAUUGCGAAUCAGAUACCAAGCCAUAUGUUAUAUCAAAGUCUCGGCCAAGUACAAGUCAAAAUAACUUCUUUUGCAUGUUAAAAACUCGGGAUAAACUUACGGAUUCCAAGCGAUAUUCCCGUUAAUUAUACAAAACAAAUUUACGAAACAAACUUUCAAAUUUAAAAAAAAUUCGCUUCGCCAGUAAAUC